UGAACUGACUAGUUCAUUCUCGCAAUUGCAUUGCAAAUUAAAUUUUAAUAUCGUCGCCUAAACUAAAUCCACAGAACAAUCGUAUAAUAUUUAGUUUAAAAAAAACAGUACUAAAUAAAUAAGGUGAUAAAGUGAAAUUUAUUCUUUAAUCCGGUUUUCCUGGACUGCUCAACUACAAGCAAAAAUGUCUGAACGAGAAAGAGAUCCAAUAAGUAGUUCAAGCCGUGACUAUGGAGCUGUCGCACCGCCCCCAGCAGUCGCCUUCGCAGAUUUCAGCCCCACAGAGCUGUACAACCUCAGCGAAGGUAUAGCAGACAAUGUCAACACUAUCAAUACAGGCCUGCGUGCAUUGGAGAAGAUGAUGAGACAAAUUGGUGGGCCCAAUGACAGUGUGCAGCAUAGAGACAAGAUCCACGACACACAACAGAAUGUCAACAGUUCUGUGUCAGCGACCGCGAGGGAUAUACAGAGGCUGGGCGUGGUCGUUAGAAGAGGGGACAAGCCACAGAAGUUACAGGUUGAGAGGCUUACGCAGGCCUUCAGUGAUGCCCUCGCCAAGUAUUCUUCUGUGCAAAAGCAAGUAUCAGAAAAAAUGGCCGCCCAUAUGCCGACGCAGGGCCGGCCUAAGAACGACCCUCGAAUGCUGGAAGAGCAAGCCAUAGCUGAUGAUGAGGAAGCUUCUUUGAUCCAGAAUCAACAAGCGCAGGCACGUCUAGUACAAUUCGAGACUAGCAUGCUAUUAGACAAGGAGGCGUACAUAAACAAAAUAGAGGCAGACGUGCUGGACGUCACACAGAUCAUGCAAGAUCUUUCUGAAAUGGUGAAUGCGCAAGCGCAGACCAUCGAUACAGUAGAAACUCACAUCUACGCGGCCAGCGCGGGGGUAGAAGCCGGUGUGGAUGAACUGGCCAAGGCGGCUGAACACCAACGUCGGUACCGGCGGAAGAUGUUCUUCUGCUCCCUAAUUGGCAUCGUGUUGGCCAUCAUACUCAUCGUGUGGCUUGUCAAGGCUUUCAGAUAGAUGUUAAGCGUUCUGGAUGUGUCUAUCAUAACGAAAUUAGUGUCGAAGCAUACUUAUUACACGUCACGCGACAUGCGAUGUCGUUAAUCGUAUCCCAUCGUUUUCUAUUUCCAGAAGUAUAAUCGUAAAAAUCCAAAGGUCUUUUGUGUGGAGUUCCAAACGCCACUGACUUCUGCUGCCUAUAUCCAGCUUCUGUUACGUGUUUUAUGUUGUCUUUGUACCAACGCUGCAUUUUGUGUAGGGUGGUCGCGAUUCCAGCGCCUUGACACUAAUGUCCAUCUCUUUACCGGACCAAGUGCCACCUUUCAGUUACGACAAAUUACCCAUGCGGGUAACCGAAUACGGGAAACUUCCGAGACCGCUCACCACUGUGCCUAGGCGAUGGAAAAGCGGUGUGGAGUCCACCAAUCUGCACUGGGAUAGCGUGGUGGUCUACGGCCUUAACCCCUUCUCAUAGUAGGAAGAGACCCGUAUGUUGAUAUAUUUUUACAAUGUAUAUAAAUUCAUUGAAAUCGUUUGUCGGUAACUCAAGGUUCUUUUAAGGAGCUCAUUUCUGAUUUUAUCACUCAAAGAUACACCGAACAUAUCCGAUCGAAUCCCAUUUCUGAAUAUAUAACGCAGUUAUACUCCGAACGUGGCGUGUAAUAAGUGUGACGUAGUCUUAACUUUCCGUUGUUAAACAUUAGGAUUUGUUUUUAAAUGUCGGACACAGUCUUGCAUAAUCUGCCGAGAUUUAAACGUACCUUUGUUCGCUCUAAGUGAUAUUAGACAAUAUUAGGUCUCGUUAUUUACUUGCGUUGAAUUCCAAAAAAAAAAUAUAAUACAUAGCAUAUAACGACCUUGUAACGCAAAAGUAGUUUUCUAAAGGACUGUUUUAUUUCAGGCUAUUUCAUUCCAACUACUUUCUUAUGAAUUUUAUUUGUUGUAUAUAUUGUAUAUGUAUUCAAAGGCUGAGGUAGCAUUUGACCACGAUUUGUCUUAAGUAUAAUUAAGCGAUAUAAGCGAUGGUAGCCUAGUGGUUUCGGCUUCGGUUUCGCGUUCGGGCAGCCGAGUUCGAAUCCCAGCACGCACGAAUUUUUCUUAGUUAUUUGCGUUUUAAUCAAAAUAUCACUUGUUUCUACGCUGCAGGAUGACAUCUUAAAGAAACCUGUAUACCGGAAUGUUUUCCAUGAUGUUAUCAAGGGCGAGUGGAGUCCGCCAAUCCGUACUGGGCCUGCGUGGUGGACUACGGCCUAAACUCUUCUCAGUGUGGGAGAAUAACUGUGCCCUGUCGUGGGCGGGUAAUGGUUUAAUAUGAUGAUGAUGAGCGAUAAAUAAAAAGCGUCCGUUUUCAUCGCUUAUAAUAUUUGAAUAUUUUAUUAUAGGAAUAUUUA